UUUGUCAAUUAUUUAAUGAGUGAUACGAGUUGUAUAGAAGUUUUGAUCCGUAAAUAUAUAUCGGAGGUCACUCUCUCAAUAUAUACACCUUACCUAAAACGCUUAAUUACAAAAUAUUACAAUAGAAUAGACCAACGCUCGUCACUCCUUUCUUUCCUCUCCCAAAGUGUUUCUUCAUCCUUGCGAUUCCAAAAACAUAUCGGCUGUUCCGAUCCAAAGAUGAGUGAAGAAGGGAACGAAGACCAGAAGCAGCAGCGACCUGCUCCUCGUCUUAACGAGAGGAUUCUCUCUUCCUUGUCUAGACGUUCUGUAGCUGCACAUCCAUGGCAUGAUCUUGAGAUUGGACCUGGAGCUCCACAGAUUUUCAACGUGGUUGUGGAGAUCACAAAAGGAAGCAAGGUCAAAUAUGAACUUGACAAAAAGACAGGACUCAUCAAGGUUGAUCGUAUUCUGUACUCAUCAGUUGUGUACCCUCACAACUACGGUUUUGUUCCUCGCACAUUGUGUGAAGACAAUGACCCAAUUGAUGUAUUAGUCAUCAUGCAGGAACCUGUCCUUCCCGGUUGUUUCCUGCGUGCCAGAGCCAUUGGAUUAAUGCCUAUGAUUGAUCAGGGUGAAAAAGAUGACAAGAUCAUUGCUGUUUGUGUUGAUGAUCCUGAGUAUAAACAUUACACUGACAUCAAAGAACUUCCUCCUCACCGUCUCUCCGAAAUCCGUCGUUUCUUUGAAGACUACAAGAAAAACGAGAACAAGGAAGUUGCAGUGAAUGAUUUUCUCCCAUCUGGGGAUGCUAUUGGAGCUAUCCAGUACUCAAUGGACCUCUAUGCUGAAUACAUUCUCCAUACUCUGAGGCGUUGAAGCUUUCCUGUGAACAAUCCUGCCAACAUCUUUGUUUCUGUUGCUUUUCAUUGAUAAUAAGAAGCAUAUGAUCCUAAUUGAUACCUUUCUCUGCAUUUUUCUAUUAGACUCGGACCAUAUCAUUUGUCCUUGUAAACUCAUACUAUUGUUAUAAAGAGAUCUUGACAUUUGAAAA